CGCCCGUCGCAGCGGCUUUCAGUCCCUCCAGGGCAGAAGCGUUCCCCAGCGGCUGCAUCCCGGCGCUCAGCGCUCUCCGCCUGCCUGGGUCCCCAACACGUGUAGUGCAACUCAUCACUGGAACGCCUUUGCAUUAGCUGCAUCCUGGAAGAAGCUCUGUGAUGUGUGGGUCAUGAGUUUGCUCUGGCAGAUUGGACUCUUAACAAGGAACAGCUAGAUUUGAAGACGAGGAUGGAAGAGCCAGCACCAGUGGAAGGCCAGAGUCAGCUCCCAAGCCCCCACUACAGCUCCCUGAGGAAAGCCAUGGCGGCUGCUCUGGUCCUUGAUGGGGAAUCCACCAUGGGGCGCAGGAAAAAGAAGAAGAAAGAGUCCCGCCCGGAAUCUAUCAUCAUCUACCGGUCAGAGAGUGAGACCCUGGAUGAGGAGCCUGGGGAAUCAGAAGGUGGGGAUCAGCCUAAAGAGGAGGAGGGAGAGGAUUUCCUAGACUAUCCUCUAGAUGAUGGUGUGUGGAAUGUGCCCGUGGACAGCCGCUAUGUCACAUUAACUGGGACCAUCACCCGAGGAAAGAAAAAGGGGCAGAUGGUAGACAUCCACGUCACAUUGACGGAGAAGGAACUGCAGGAACUCACCAAGCCCAAGGCAUUGUCAAGGGAAACGACGCCUGGAGGCAGAGAGGCCUGCCAGCUGGGAGCGGACCGUGGGCCCCACGUGGUGCUCUGGACGCUGGUCUGCCUGCCUGUGGUUUUCCUCCUCUCCUUUGUGGUCUCUUUCUACUAUGGUACCAUCACUUGGUACAACAUCUUCCUCGUGUACAACGAGGAGAGGACCUUCUGGCACAAGAUUUCAUGUUGCCCCUGCCUUAUCCUCUUCUAUCCAGUGCUCAUCAUGGCCAUGGCCUCUUCCCUGGGCCUCUACGCGGCUGUGGUCCAGCUCUCAUGGUCCUGGGAAGCCUGGUGGCAAGCUGCCCGGGACAUGGAGAAAGGCUUCUGUGGUUGGCUAUGCAGUAAGCUGGGUCUGGAAGACUGUUCUCCCUAUAGCAUUGUGGAGUUGCUUGAAUCAGACAAUAUCUCAGGCAAUCUGUCCAACAAGGAUGCCACCCAGGAGGUAGAAACAUCCACUGUCUAAACUCCCAACGACUUCAUUCUCUGGUCUCAGUAGCCUGUUUAUCAUCUUCCAAUUCCAGAUACUCCUUGUUUGAAUUAUUCCUCCUCUCCCCACCAUACACUGUCCUUCUGGAAAUUUUUAGCCCGCACUUAUCUGUCCUACCAUCUUGUUGGUUUCCAGGAGGGCAGGAACCGGAAAAGCAAUUUGUGCCCAAAUAGCCCAUCUAAUGGAUAACCUCUUCUUUGUUCCUUACCCUAAGAUAACCCUUUAUUUAAGACAAGGAAGUUCAGGUGUGCCGCAGUCCAGGAACUUGAAGGUAUUUCUGGUGCCUGGAACCCAGGUUAGUGUGUGACUAAAUGUGACAGGGAGAACAAGGAGGCUCAGGGAAGACCAAAUCCACUGAUAAGAUAAUAGAUAGUGAUGGAGUGAAACAUAGAAGAAGCAGGGUUGCUACACUGUAGCAGAAUGUAAGAAUUUGUGUGUAUCACUUAGGUUUUGGUUUAUACCUUAAAUAUAAUUGAAGUCCAAAUAUCAGUAGUUUAAACAAGACAAAAGUCUGAAGAAGUCUAGAGGCAGACCAUCAGGGAAACUGAUGAAGUCCUCAGAGUUCCAGGCUUGCUUUUUAUUUCCCAACCCUCAUUGCCUUUAUCCUCAGCUCCCCGGGCUGACUACAUCUCCAGUCAUCCCACCAUGUUUCAGAAUAGAGGACAGGGCAGAGAAGAGCACAUACACUCUCCUAAGCUAGGGAGGUUUCCCAGGAGCCCCUCUCAACACUUCUGUCUCAUUGGCUGGGCCUUAGUCACAUGGUCUCAUGAGCAAAAGAGGCUGGAAAAUGUAGUCUUUUGACUGGGCGGCUGUAUUCUAAAUAUUUGGAUUCUGCUAAUUUAAGAGACAAGGAACAAAUGGCUAUUUUGGUAGGCAAGUAAGAGUCUCUGGCUUACAGUAAUUAUUUAAAUAUGUUCAGAUCCCAAACUGUGAAUAUAGUUCUAUUUAUGUAUUUAUUUAUUUAUUUAAGCCUAAAUCUUACACAGAGAACUUAUACAUAGAUACUAGCUACAUAUACUAUGCAUAAACCACACAGAUAUUAGCAACUCGUGUGUUGCAGUGAAAUAUCUGUAAUGCCGUAUGGUUUCAGGUGUUUUCAAAAGGAAGAGUGGAUAGCUGAGGACAAUUAUAUCAUGUACAAAUUAUAUCAUAGUAGCAUAGCUUUUCUCCAGGUAGUGAAGACGGACUGGGCGGUGAUAUUUAAGGUAAUGUACAGAUGAAAGACUGUGACGAGAGGCAUCACAUCUGUCAGACAUCCCUGCCCCCCAAACCCCCAGCAGGGUCAGUAACCCUAAGCAAAAGAAGAUGGAGUCAGCUUUGGGUGUGUGUGUGGGCUCAGUCAUGUCCAACUCUAUAGCCCUAUGGACUAUAGUUCACCAGGCUCCUCUGUCCAUGGGAUUUUCCAGGCAAGAGUACUGAAGCAAGUUGCCAUUUCCUUCUCCAGGGGAUCUUCCUGACCCAGGGACUGAACCUAUGUCUUCUGUGUCUCCUGCACUGGCAGGCGGAUUCUUUACCACUGAACCACCUGGGGAGCCCCAGCUUGAGAUGGUUUGUCCAAACCUCACUCAGAGCCUCACUCACUCAGAUUUUUCUGGAGUUCAUCAACAAAUACAAUCUUUGCUGAGAAGCUUGGGUCUUUGUGGCCACUGAGGGUGUAAACCAGAUGAAUCCAGUGUAAACCAGAUGAAUCCAGACUAAUAGAUUCUGAACUUAAAAAAUUUCCUGAGGGAUUCCUUUCUAAU